AUGGCGGCGAGAGCAGUAACCUGGUCCGUGUGUCGGCGUCUUUGGCAGGACUCAGGAAAUUUUUUUUUAAACAGUUCUAAAAACAGUGCAGUGGAAAAUGGUGGUUUUCUUGUCAGUACCAAUAUAAAGUGGGUGCAGUUUUUAAACCUACACAUUGAUAUUCCCAAGGAGUUGACCAAGCCUAAGAUAACCGUUUCUGAUGAACCAGACACCUUGUAUAAGCGCCUGUCAGUUCUGGUCAAAGGCCAUGAUAAAGCUGUAUUAGACAGUUAUGAGUAUUUUGCUGUGCUUGCUGCUAAAGAACUUGGUCUCUCUAUAAAAGUGCAUGAACCUCCAAGGAAAAUAGAACGAUUGACUCUUCUCAAAUCAGUUCAUAUCUUUAAGAAGCACAGAGUUCAGUAUGAAAUGAGAACUCUUUAUCGAUGUCUAGAGCUAGAGCAUCUGACUGGAAGUACAGCAGACGUCUACUUGGAAUAUAUUCAGCGAAACUUACCUGAAGGGGUUGCCAUGGAAGUCACAAAGACAAGAUUAGAACGGUUACCAGAACACAUCAAGGAGCCAAUCUGGGAAACAGCACCAGCAGAAAAAGAAGAGAGCAAGUCAUAA